AUGUGCGACGGAGCAGACUGCCAGAAAGUUAGACAUGUCCCCUUCUCCUCGCAUUCACACAGCAAAAUAAACUUGCCUUCCUCCUGCUCCUCCUCCUCCUCCUUCUCCUCCUCCCCCUCCUCGCGUUCUCACUGCCCCCCGCGGCUUCAGGAGUGCUCCCUUUACCUCCCACAGCGGCCGAGCUCCAACGGCACAGAUUCUGUCGGGCAGCGGUCGCGGCCGUGCUCUGGCCACAUCAGAUACAUGUUUUCAGACCAAUUAGCGUUUAGCAGGGGCCCAGGAAAAAGGGAGAACAGGGGGCUGAGUAACGGGGGCCAGAGCAGUGAAUACUCGUCGUCGCUGCCCUCCACUCGGUCAUUUAGCCACAAAGACAUCGGCACAAAUACGGUGAAAGCCGAGACGACAUUGGCUCCAUCCGCAGCGCCACCCCGCAGGAGGAGCUCCCAGGUUUGCGGUAAGCACAGAGUCUUUGUAUAA